GCAGCUCGUUAUUAGAUUUCUCGUAUUAUCUACUCCAUAUCUCCCAGUCUUUCUUUACAAUAACUAUUUACUGCAAUGCCUCUCCUCGCGGAGAACCCUAAUCUGGCCAUCGUUCCUGACUUCGAGUCAAACGAACACGCGGAAGCACGCGCACAGCUCAUCAACGACACAGUAGACGAACAACAAGCAGCAGACAUUCUUGCCAGCCUAUGGCGCAUUCAGAACAACUCAGACAAACUCCGUUGGGAUGCUAGGCUACAAGAAGAAGCACGCACAGCGGAAGCUGAACGUAGACAAGCUGCGGAAGCUGAAGCCCAGCGCCAGCAAACUCUCCUAGCGGAACAAGAAGCCGCCGUCUUAGAAGAACGAAAGAAGAACAAAUCUAAAUAUGCUCCAAUCCGUAAUAUCGACAUUCCUUCCAACCCCAUUAUCCUUCCUUGCCAGUAUGCUAUUCGCAGGAUGAAAUCAGGAGAAUUUUGCGAGCUUUUCUAUUUUACAAACAACGGCCUCGAAGAAGCCUCACGAGCGGUAUUCACGGCAGACGAAGACGCUCUUAUCAUGCUGCCCACAUCAGACGGCAUGCACAAGUGGAUCCCAGCAGGCGCUGCGAGAGAUCCCAAAGCACAAGUCGUAAAGGACGAGAAUCUCACCUGGGAACAAUUCAACGAGGCAGCCCCUUGCAUGAUUGCGCUGAUGAAAGAAAACGAUUGGCCCGAUGACAGAGUAGACAUGCACAUCGCUUUCUGGUCCGCACUACAAAAUCAUCGUUGGCGUCACGACUUCGAAGUCCAUAAGCAGUGAGCGCUAUUGUUGUACCAAGCACAACAGCGUCGCCGUUGGCAUCAAGCAAUCGGCAGUUCCAACAGCUGGAGUCUAGCGAGAAUCAAUCAGGAUCUCCUAGACGAAGCUCGAGAAACGAUUUUCAACCAAUUCAGGAUCCAGCAGUUAUCCAUUCAGGUACGUCUUCUAAUCAUAAAACUUGAUACGAUCUCGC